AUGUCCACGUUAACCGGCGGCUUCCUCAACAUGGCGAGCCUGGCGGAUUUCGAGCCGCUCGCCGCCGUGAUUCCCGCCACUAAAGUUGAGAUCACCGUGUCGUGCAGAAACCUCUUGGAUAGAGACACCUUCUCCAAAUCUGAUCCAAUUUGCGUGCUGUACACUCAGACGGUGGCCAACAGGGAGUGGCGAGAGUUUGGCAGGACAGAAGUCAUCGAUAACACACUGAAUCCAGACUUUGUGCAUAAGUUCAUCCUGGAUUACUUCUUUGAAGAGAGGCAGAAUUUACGCUUUGAUCUAUACGACCUUGACUCGAAGAGUGAAAACCUGUCCAAACAUGAUUUCCUGGGUCAGAUGUACUGUACUCUGGGUGAGGUGGUCGGGUCUCCAGGCAGUCGCAUGGAAAGAUCACUCAUAGGCAUCCCUGGGAAAAACUGUGGAACUGUUAUUGUGAAGGCGGAAGAACUUGGAAAUUGCAGGGAGUCAGUAUUGAUGCAGUUUUGUGGCAACAAACUGGACAAGAAAGACUUUUUUGGGAAAUCAGACCCUUUCCUGGUGUUUUACCGUAGCAAUGAAGAUGGAACAUUUACCAUCUGUCAUAAGACCGAGGUGGUGAAGAACACGCUGGACCCUGUGUGGCAGGCCUUCAAGAUCCCGGUCAGAGCGCUGUGUAAUGGGGAUUAUGACAGAGCAAUAAAAAUCGAGGUGUAUGACUGGGACAGAGAUGGAGGUCAUGACUACAUUGGCGAGUUCAGCACCAGCUACAGGGAGCUUUCCAAAGGCCACACGCAGUUCACUGUGUGGGAGGUGCUGAAUCCCAAGAAGAAGAAAAAGAAGAAGAAAUACCUGAACUCAGGAACCGUCACUCUGCUGUCCUGCUUCAUCGACGUCGAGGUCACCUUCCUGGACUACAUUAAAGGAGGCACUCAAAUUAAUUUCACGGUGGCCAUUGAUUUCACUGCGUCAAACGGCAACCCUUCGCAGCCUACCUCUCUCCACUACAUGAGCCCGUAUCAUCUGAACGCAUAUGCACUGGCGCUCCGAGCCGUGGGGGAGAUUAUUCAGGACUAUGACAGCGAUAAGCUCUUCCCUGCGCUGGGAUUUGGUGCAAAACUGCCACCCGACGGCCGCGUGUCCCACGAGUUUCCCCUGAAUGGAAACCCAGAUAACCCAUACUGCAGCGGGAUUGAGGGUGUUCUAGAGGCGUAUUACCAGAGUCUGAAGUCCGUCCGACUUUAUGGACCAACAUACUUCUCCCCUGUCAUUAAUCAUGUAGCAAGAUAUGCCUCUUUAGUGAAGGAUGGUUCAGAAUACUUCAUCCUCCUCAUCAUCUCGGAUGGGGUCAUCUCCGACAUGGCUCAGACGAAAGAAUCCAUCGUUAACGCCUCCAGUCUUCCCAUGUCAAUUAUAAUCGUCGGAGUCGGGCCGGCUGAAUUUGACGAGAUGAUUGAACUAGACGGGGAUGAGGUCAGGAUAUCAUCCAGGGGUCGCUUCGCUGAGAGAGACAUCGUACAGUUUGUUCCCUUCCGCGACUACAUCGAUCGCAGAGGAAAUCACAUCCUCAGCAUGGCCCGUCUGGCCAAGGACGUUCUCGCGGAAAUCCCAGAUCAGUUCCUCCAGUACGUGCGAAGCAGAGGCAUCAAACCUCAGCAUUCGGCCCACUCCACCAUCUCCAAACCUCCGGCGAGCCUCGUCCACCCGAUCCACCCUCUGCAGACGCAGAUCUGAGCUGUUACACAAAACCGUACAUGCUUUCUUU